UUCUACAGCUUGUGGGCGCUUUUCAUUGUGCUUAGUACUUGGACCAGAGAGCGUAAAUCUACGGACGAAGAGAGGGAACAGCUUAGUCCAGGGUGUUUUAAGACAAUUUAAAUCUUUACAGUGCUUUAGAGUUAUCGGGGCAGCAUAAUGGCGGAUAAGAUGGAUAUGUCUCUAGACGACAUUAUCAAGCUGAACAGGCAGAGUAGAGGCGGAGCCCGUGGGGGAAGAGGCCGAGGCCGCGGAGGCUCAGGCGGUGCCCGUGGAGGAGGCCUUGGGCGUCUUGGUGGUGGCGGCGGCGGAUUUGGAGGCCGAGGCGGAGGAUCAGGCCCCAUGAGGACCCGACAGAACCUGAGCCGCGCUAGAGGCAGACCAACGCCUUAUAGCAGGCCCAAACAGCUUCCCGAUAAAUGGCAGCACGACAUGUUUGACAACGGCUUCAGCGGCUUCAAUGGGGCUGCUGGAGGUGGCGGAGGAGCUGGUGUGGAAACGGGAGGAAAGCUCCUCGUCUCCAAUCUGGACUUUGGGGUGUCAGACGCAGACAUCCAGGAACUCUUUGCUGAAUUUGGGACUCUAAAGAAAGCUGCAGUUCAUUACGACAGAUCAGGAAGAAGCCUUGGAACGGCAGAUGUCCACUUUGAAAGGAGGGCAGAUGCCCUGAAAGCCAUGAAACAGUACAAUGGCAUUCCUCUUGAUGGGCGGCCUAUGAACAUUCAGCUCGUCACAUCACAGAUCGACACACAGAGGCGGCCUAUGCAGGGUAUGAACAGAGGUGGUGGAGGCAUGAGUAGAAAUCGGGGUUUCGGAGGGAUGCAAAGAGGCCGAGGGGUCCGUGGUGCAGGUGGUCCCAGAGGAAGAGGGCGGGGGGGGCGCGGCGGUGCCCCCAAGCAACCGCUAUCGGCAGAAGAGCUUGACGCCCAGUUAGAUGCUUACAAUGCCAGGAUGGAUACCAGUUAAGGAAACCUCCCAUCCUAGUUGACGUCAUCCCUCCCUGUCUGCACAGAAAGGGGUGCUUGUUACAGAUGUGCAGAAUAUUUUACACUUGUCUUCUGAUGUGAUUGAAAUUGUUCCAACCUCUUCUUUUAAAUACUCCAAAGUGUUUUUUACCAAGUGUUUUAUUUUUGUUUUAAUUUUUUUUUUUUUUUUGAUCGAAUGGUUUUACUGUAGGUUAACUGCUGGGUGGAGUUUUCUCAGUUUCUCCCAACCCUGUAGUGAAUGGAACUUGUAAUAAAAACCUGCAGUAUAUAUUAAAUAAGCAAUGGGUCA